UUAUUAAAAGGCAUAAAAUACCCUUUUGUUUUAAAUUGGGCACCAACUUUUAACAACUUGCUGCCGUGCUCCCUUCGGCAAUUCUAUAUAUUAGAUAACCCACUAUUAGGUUUUCAACGUGACUUGGGUCGGUUUUUGUCAACAAUUCCAGACCUGUCCUACAUUCAACGGUGCCCUAGAGCAGCUUAUUGAAUCACUUAACAUAACCAAAUAUUUCAUAGAUUAUGACUUAACAUGGCUUACAGGGAAUUUCAUUCCCUUGGAUUGGUUAAAAAUCAGAGAAUUAAAAGGAAGAAGAAAAUCCAACUUUGCCCUCACUGAUUGCAACAUCUUUACAUUUGAUUAAACAUUGAUAAUGCCCGAAGAGAAGAUGUGGCAGCAAUAAUCCCAUGCAUAUAUCGUUUUUGUAGAGGUCGAUGAACUCUCAGAUGAGACAUAUUUAAUUUUUUUGUCCAGGUAUGGCUGUGUCUAAUUAAGGAUGGUUAUUUUCACACGCUGCUAUAGAAGAGUCAUACAUACCACUUGUUGCUCAAGCAUGAUUUACAUUCUCGGGCACAUUUUUAUGAACUUAGUUAUACCCACCCAAUCAUGAUGUUCACAUCCGCUUUUGCUGUAUUCCUUUUGGUCGUGUCUGCUCAAGGAAGAAGAACGAAGACCUAUGGUCAAGGAUUGGACCAAUGCAAGAAUUUUCGUGUUGGAUGCAGCUUGACCCAUUUGAGCAAGACUCCUCUUUUCAUUGUGGACAAUUAUAUCAAAGAAAACAGGGAUUGCUUAGAUUAUCUCCCCAAAAACCCCAACGACAUUAUGGUUGGCGCGCCAAAUCAAGUCAUAAAUGAUCAUUGCAAGGAAGGGGUUUCCCACGUGAAGGUAUGCGUGAUGGAGCAAAAGUACAAACGAAUGUUGACCCGGGAUCAGCACUUACGAUUGUCCAAGAUCCACCAAUUGGAUUUUACCCAAGUGAAUCUCAACUCGGUUCAAUUCAAAGGCACGUGCUGGGUCUGCCCUUGAUUUGCGGUACUAUUGGUUGAAGCUCAUUGGGACACAAAAUAUAAAGACAACAAUCCAUCAAUGUAUUUGUUCCCCACGUGCAUAAUUUUGAUUUCUUCUUCUCAACGUUAUACAGCGUAUUAUGAUAAAUUUUAAAUAUUCUGAAACCAUGCUAUUCCAUUCCACCAACGAAAUAGACAAAUUAGCUUUGAUCCAAACU